CACAUUCAUUCCAUCUCGCCUUAUCGCAUACACCUUGUCAGCAGCUUGUCAGGCUGGCAUCAGCAAAUCCGCUCCGACGCCCGACGGCUGUGCCAGUUCCCGCACACCGACCACUCCUCCACCCAGCUGUCCAGCGGCCAGCAGCUCACUGAGUCCUCGUCGCUGCCCCAUCGCUGCCCCAUCACUCCGCCGCCGCCUUCACACAUGUCGCCGGAAACAGACUUCGAUGCGAUCCACGACGCCUGGCGCGCAAUUGCUCAGUCAGGAACGUUGACAGAGGAACAAAGCGCCUGUCUCCUCGGCGCACGGUGUCUGCGGAUUAUCAGCGCAGUACAGGACGCACCUCCCGAGAGUCCAGGUCCCAAGGCGUCCAUGGCAGCGAUCAUCGUUGCGCACAAUCCCUCUUCUGUCGUCAAGCCCGUUGACUCCUCUACGGAACCUAAGACGGUCCCCGAUUCACCUCCAUCGCCCUCGCCAUCCCCACAUCCCGCACAGCCGCGCCCGCCGCCUGAAGCCCUUUCUGCCCAGAAGUCGCACCCCCAAUCAUUACCGACCGAGUCUCGAAAGGUGAAGUUCGCCAUUCCCGCCCGCCCUCCGCCGUCCCCGACGCGUCAGGACAGUGGCGACGCAGCCAGCCGUUUCCGCGAGCGGCUGGCGCGCAACAAGCCUUGAACACGAUUGCUGCAGCAAACGUGUUGUCCCAACGACCAACGGCUACUUGCCUGUAAUAUAGCACCAUCUUCAACCCCUCAUCUGUCUGAUUAACGCAUACACAUGUCACUAUUACAACGCCUGAGCAGUGGAUGCGAGAAAUAACGCCGCCACGGCGCCAUAAUUCAUGUAUUCUCUGCAUAUUAGGACGUCGCUUCC